CAUUUUAACAGCUAUGACUUUUCAAGAUUAAGCAGAAAAAAUAUUCGGAAGCCUAUAAAAAGCCUUGAAACGAUUAGAGUUGGAAUUGGAAUACAAUUAUGAAAUAAUUUUGUCAAAAUAAAAAGCAUAUUAAGAAUCUUUGGGAAUGAUAGCAGAAUUAGAGUAAUUGGUUAUGAUCAGAAAUACUGAGAUGGAAAUUGGAGGAUAUCAAGAGAUGUCUCAAUCAGUCUCAUUGGAUGAUCAAGAUCAUCAUCUCUUAAUGACUUAGUUAAAGGAUAACAUAAAUUUAGUUAAUGAUUACAAAUAACAAAUUUAAGAAGUACUCCUAUGAUUUAUCAUAUUAGAUCAGACGUUAAAAUUAACUCAUAAACAAAUUAGUUAAAGAACAAUCUCAUACUAGUUCAUAAAAUUAAUCAUUUGAAUAUGAUUAAGAAAACGAUUAUGAAAUUAAUUCAAAUUUCAUUUAAAAAAGAUAGUAAAAAAAUGCAGAGAGAGUUAAAGAGAUAGAGAAGAAAAUAAGAGAGAAAUAAAAAAAUUUAUGCAAAAUGUAAAAGAAGAUAAAAGGAAAAGAGAAAGAUUAUGAUUAUAGAUUGCUUAAUUAAAUUGAACGAUUGGACUCAGAAAUAGAGAAAAUAACACAUUAAAUAAAAUCAUUAAUUGACUGA